GUUUUCCUUAACUGCCCUCGAACAGCAGCAGCAACAACAAUAACAGCAUCUUAACUCUUCUUUUGACUUCAGUGUCUGUAAAAACCAGUGGCGUUAACUUGGACUCAUAAAUACUAGGUGUAGUUGGUAUCUCCUACCCCGCAGCCUGCCCUGCUCUGGGGGAAUUAUGGCCUUGGAAUUCUCGUCAAGAAAUCUGGAUCUGGUUAAGAAUUAAGAUUUUGGGGUUUGAAGUGUUUGAGCAAUUUGCUACUGCCCAAGUCAUGACGCUCCCAUUUCGAAAAGACUUGGACAAGUACAAAGAUCUCGAUGAGGAUGAAAUUCUUGGCAAACUUUCAGAAGAAGAACUGAAACAACUGGAAACUGUUUUGGAUGAUCUUGACCCUGAGAAUGCGCUCCUGCCUGCAGGCUUCCGACAGAAAGACCAGACUGCUAAAAAGGCUUCAGGCCCUUUCGACAGGGAACGACUCCUGGCGUAUUUGGAGAAGCAGGCUCUUGAGCACAAAGACAGGGAAGACUAUGUGCCUUUUACAAGAGAAAAGAAAGGGAAAAUAUUUAUUCCCAAGCAAAAGCCUGUACAGUCUUUUACGGAAGAAAAAUUCUCUCUUGAUCCAGAACUGGAGGAAGCCUUGACGAGUGCCACGGACACAGAAUUAGGUGACCUUGCAGCUAUACUGGGAAUGUCCAACUUGAUAACAAACAAUCAGUUCUGUGAUGUAGUAGGAAGCAGUAAUGGGAUUGACAAAGACAGCUUCUCAAAUAUCGUAAAAGGCGAAAAAAUGUUGCCUGUUUUUGAUGAGCCACCAAAUCCGACAAAUGUGGAGGAGACACUGCAAAGGAUUAAAGACAAUGAUUCCCGUCUUGUUGAAGUUAAUCUAAAUAACAUUAAGAACAUACCAAUUCCAACGCUGAAAGAAUUUGCAAAAGCCUUAGAAACCAACACGCAUGUGAAGAAUUUUAGCCUUGCAGCCACCCGGAGCAAUGAUCCUGUUGCUGCUGCUCUUGCAGAUAUGCUGAGAGUAAACACAAAAUUAAAAAGCUUAAACAUAGAAUCAAACUUCAUCACUGGAGUUGGAAUUUUGGCACUGGUCGAUGCCCUGAAAGACAACGAAACAUUGACAGAGAUCAAAAUUGAUAAUCAGAGGCAGCAGUUGGGCACACUUGCAGAAGUAGAAAUUGCCAAGAUGCUUGAAGAAAACACCAAAAUCCUCAAAUUUGGAUACCAUUUCACACAACAGGGACCUCGAGCAAGGGCAGCUGCAGCUAUCACGAAAAACAACGAUUUAGUCUGGAGUAUGCAAGUAAAAGUUUCUGCAAAUACCUUUUCAUCUCUCCAGCCCUGAAGCUACAGAGACAGUUCGCAAGAGAAGGGUUGAAGGAGACAAUUACUAGAUCACCUUCUUGUCAAAACUGUGUGGAGACUUCAAGGGCUGUCAGGGCACACUCAUCACUGUGGGUUUUGGCAAUCCUGGACUACAUUUACCUGGGUUAGAAGGGAAAAGACUGGAAACCCCAUUCCUUUUAAAGCAAAGCUAUAUUAAUAAUCUGCUGGUAUGCAUCACGUUUUUCAGAUUGAGGCACAAUAACUGCACCAGUCUCUGUACCAUAGUUUUUGGGGGGGUUUUGAAGAAUUUUUUUUGUAUUUCAAGACUUCAGCUGUGCUUUCUACUAAAAAUGUAAUUGCAAAUCAAUGGUAUAAUUGUCUGUAGUCAAAGAAUGGGACAUUCAAGAUCAUUGGGCAGAUAAUGACCCAAUUAAAAUAUUCAUUAGAAAA